UCUUCUUCUGAGCUGGCUUUCAACUUCACCUUCACCUUCACCUUCACCUUCAUCUUCACUCUCUUUUCCCUCACACACUCUGUUCCGAACACGCAAAACACACCACCCAAAACCCCCCAAUUCUCUUCGCAAUUCUUCCCCAAUUCAAACUCCAAUUAGGGUUAGGGUUUCAAUCUCCCCAUGAAUUUCCCCUGUAAUGGUUCUGAACCCCCUGGUUCAACCAUGGAGCCACCAAUGUAUGGACACUCCCAGCCCAUGAACAUGCCCGGCCAGAUCGCCGCCGGAGAUAGCGACGAAGCAUCCGGCGCCGACCACGCCAUCGACGCAAACCACCACAUUCAGUACGAAUCCAACCCGCUCGAAGAUUGUAGCGGCGUCGCCGUCGAGGAUGUUACCUCCGACGCCGUUUAUGUUUCUGGCCACGCCGGUGGUGGCUCUGAUUACUCUUCUCUCGUUCCUCACUGCGAUGAUUCUAGCCAGCUUACGCUGUCGUUUCGUGGCCAAGUUUAUGUCUUCGAUUCUGUUACGACUGAUAAGGUUCAAGCGGUGUUGUUGCUGUUGGGUGGAUGUGAACUACCUCAAGCGGGUACGCCAUGUGUGGAUACGGCGGCUCAACAAAAUCAGAGGGGUUCAAUGGAAUAUCCUGCCAGAUGUAGUCUGCCACAGCGAGCAGCGUCAUUAAAUAGGUUCCGGCAGAAGAGGAAAGAGCGAUGCUACGAUAAGAAAGUUAGAUAUGGUGUACGUCAAGAAGUUGCACUCAGGAUGCACCGUAAUAAGGGUCAAUUUACUUCAUCUAAGAAACAAGAUGGAGCUAAUGGUUCGGGUACUGACCAGGAGUCAGGGCAGGAUGACAGUCAGGCAGAAACCUCAUGCACACAUUGUGGCACUAGUUCAAAAUCAACCCCAAUGAUGCGGCGAGGGCCAUCUGGUCCAAGGUCACUUUGCAAUGCUUGUGGCCUUUUUUGGGCAAAUAGGGGUGCUUUGAGAGACCUUUCUAAGAGAAAUCAGGAACACUCUCUAGUACAAGUUGAGCAGGUUGAUGGAGGUAAUAGCGCAGACUGUAGAACUGCCAUGCCUGCACUUAACAAUGUUGUUGCUUUCUCUGAGAAUGAUGACCCAGCUUUGGUAGCUGAUCGUUGAGUUUUCCAAUCUUAGAAAAUGCUAGAAAUAUAUUAAUUCUAUUCAGAUUGACCAAUAGAAUGUACAGUUAUAGCAUAGCAAUGCUCUCUCAUCAAGCAAGAGAUUUUUUUCUUUAUGCUUGGAUGUUGAUCUCUCUUUAUGUAUAACCUGGAAUUGAAAUUAUAAAUUGGUGAUUUCGUACA